GACGUCAUUUAUAUGCGCCUUUACUCGGAAAGCUUUUUGUUUUGUUGAUGUUCGCUUUCUGUGGUGUUUUUGGCAUUAUGCAGGAGUUUGGCUACAUUUAGGAUUAAUGCAUUUAUAACCUAUUUUCUACGAUAGUGUUCCGUACGUAGCCGAUUCUGAUAAGAAUCGUCUAUUUUUAUUACUCCCAGUGUGUGAAAUUGAUCCUGAUGGCGAAUGACCGACUGCGAGCUUUGGAAGAGGUUGAGAAUCAAAUUGCAACGAUUCUGCAGUGCGCCGGCAACGUUGUGUUGGAGCUGUCUAAAGACAAGCACAAUGCCAGUUUCCUGGACAGACAGCUCAGCCAGUUUACUGGAUCCGUCAACAGAGUGGAGACUGAGCUCAGCUCACAAAUCAGAUAUCUCACACAGGUUGCCACAGGCCAGCCCCACGAGGGCUCCACAUACUCGGCCAGGAAAGACUGUCAAAUGGCCUUGAACCGAGCAGAAUACACCAGGGUCAAACUGGGAGAGCUGGGACGCACCUGCGAAGUCAUGCUGGAUCCACAACCCUGAGAGAACACACACGGUCGGUCGGCACUCGGGCAGAGCGCAGUAGGGGGAUGUUUCCAUCGCUCGCUGUCACCAUGGUGUUUUAGGACCACCUGCCGAAGAGAGGUGGGGACUGAAAUACUUCAUUUUUGUUUUGUUUUUGUAUGAUAUCAGUCAUGUAUCUGGCAAUGUUCUGUAAUAAAGUUAGUGUUUCAUUCCAUUA